AUGACUCUUAUCCGACGUUUAACUCAUCAUUAUGUUGAAAUUCAAAAAAAUCCACCACCAUUAUGUUAUGCAGAACCAAAAGAUCCAAGUAAAGAUA